AUCCAGUCACCCAGCGCGUGCAUACAUCUCCCCCAUCACCUCCGCCUUCCCCACCACCUCCGCCUUCCACUCCCCUCCACCUUUCACUCCCCUCCGCCUCCCAUUCCCGUCCAUCUCCGACCUUCCCUCCAUCUCCCUCCCCUCCUUCACAUAUUACUCUCCCUUCUUCGACUCCCCGUCCCCCUCCCCCGAUCACGCGACGCGGACGAUAUCGUAGCCUCGCCCCGUCUAGAGGAUGUCGUAAGCGGAAGAUGCGAGGGGGAGCGGGAAGAGACGUACGCAGCACAUCAAGCUCAGCGUCGACGGCGUGCGCAGACGCGACGAUCGCGGCCCUGCGAUGGGCAGUCAGUCCAGGGCGCGAACGGUGCGGAACACGACGCGGGAGGAAAAGGGAGCGGGAGAGGGAGGGAGGAGGAACUGGUCGGGGGCGCGACGGGGAAGAGGAAAAGGGAACGAAGGGGAGGGGGCGAAGGCGCGUGCGCGAGGAGGGGCACAAAGGGGGCCGGUGGGCGAAGGGAGGGGGGAAGGGGGGAAGGGGGGAAGGGAAUGCGAAGGGAAAAGGGAAUGCGAAGGGGGAUGGCGUGGACAAGGGUGGGGGAGGAAGACCACCGAAGGAUGGGGGGAGGAAGACCACCGAAGGAGGAGGGAGAGAUCAGAGGGAGGCAACGAAGGGCGACGAGCGCGGGGGUGAGAGGGUGAGAGGUCGGAAGGGGGCGAGAGGGCGAGAGGUCGGAAGGGGGAGGGAGGAAGGGAAGGGGGAGCGAGUGAAGGGGGAGCGAGAAAGUGAAGGGGGAGGGAGUAAGUGAAAGGGAACACACGGAAGGUCGACGGCGCGAGGGGGAGGUGGGGGCGGGGAAGGGGGUGGGGGGAUGUCCGGGAAGGGUGGGGGGAUGCGCGAAGAAGAGAAGGUGAGAUGCGCGAAGCGGGAGGGGAGUCGCGGAAAGGGGGAAGGUGCGAAGGUCGAGGGAGCGCUCACCGUCGUCAGAAGACGCUCGCCGCGCACGAGCCAACCCUCCCCACGCCCGCCUCCCACGAGCCAGCACGCCUAGAAGGGGCAAGAAGAUGAGUUAGCGCGCGCUUUCCGGACGAACGCGGUGCGU